AUGCCACCAAAGAAGCAAGUUGAAGAAAAGAAGGUGUUGCUGGGCCGUCCUGGCAACAACCUUAAAGCGGGCAUUGUCGGUCUAGCUAACGUCGGUAAGUCGACGUUCUUCCAGGCGAUUACCAGAUGCCCUCUAGGUAACCCUGCCAACUAUCCGUUUGCUACCAUCGACCCAGAGGAGGCCCGUGUGAUUGUGCCAUCUCCACGCUUCGACUCCCUGUGCGAUGUGUACAAGCCGGCCUCUAAGGUGCCAGCGCACUUGACUGUGUACGACAUCGCCGGUCUAACGAAGGGUGCCAGCAAGGGCGAAGGUCUGGGGAAUGCCUUCUUAUCGCACAUCAGAUCUGUGGACUCGAUCUACCAGGUCGUGCGUUGCUUCGACGACGCCGAGAUCAUCCACAUUGAGGGUGACGUCGACCCGGUCAGAGACCUGGACAUCAUUAACACGGAAUUGCGUUUGAAGGACAUUGAGUUCGCGGAGAAGCACCUGGAGGCCGUGGAGAAGAUCACCAAGAGAGGCGGCCAGUCCCUGGAGGUGAAACAGAAGAAGGAGGAGGCCGAGCUGGUGAAGCGCAUUAUCGAGCUUUUGAAGUCGGGUCAGAGAGUCGCAAACCAGUCCUGGAGCACCAAGGAGGUGGAGGUCAUCAACUCGAUGUUCCUGCUAACCGCCAAGCCAUCCAUCUACCUGAUCAACCUAUCGGAGCGGGACUACAUUAGAAAGAAGAACAAGCACCUCUUGAAGAUCAAGGAGUGGAUCGACAAGUACUCCCCUGGCGAUCUAAUUAUACCCUUCUCGGUGUGCCUGGAGGAGAGACUGUCGCACAUGAGCGCCGAGGAGGCUGUCGAGGAGUGCGAGAAGAUCGGCGUCCAGUCCGCCUUCCCAAAGAUCAUCACCACCAUGAGACAGAAGCUGGAUCUGAUCUCGUUCUUCACCUGCGGGCCCGACGAAGUCAGAGAAUGGACCAUCAGAAAUGGCACUAAGGCGCCACAGGCUGCCGGCGUCAUUCACAAUGACUUGAUGAACACCUUUAUCCUUGCGCAGAUCAUGAAAUAUGAGGACGUCAUGGAGUACAAGGACGACAAUGCCAUCAAGGCCGCCGGUAAACUGCUGCAGAAGGGUAAGGACUACGUUGUGGAGGACGGUGACAUCAUCUACUUCAGAGCGGGCGCAGGCAAAAACUAA